UACACAACCACGUGCGCGUUUGCGCUGUGCGUACGCGGCGCACUUAUUUGCUUUGCGCCGAUUCGGUAUUGGUGAAGCUUCGAAAGCCGCAUGCACGCAACACAAACUCGCUUGUUAUGAAUGCCGCAUUCGCCAGCAUUCAGUAUUCAGUGAUCCGUCCUCACCGAUGCUUCUCUACAGCGUCUAGCACGGUGAUUGAUUCUCGUCAUCACACCGCACUGCCUGCUUUGUUGCCGUCUGUCCGUCCGUCGUCAUUUCGCUUUAGUUCAAAAUGCCGACACAGUGUGCGAUCAAGUUCGAUAGCAAUCCGAAUGGAGUGUUCUAUUCCGGGCAGACGCUCACCGGACACGUGGAACUACACCUGGACAAUCCCAAGAAAGUUAAAAAUCUCAAAUUGAUCAUCACGGGGUGCGCCGAAGUCAAAUGGACAAAGAGCAAAUUGAGUCGCCGCAACGGAGCAGCGGCAACAGCAGCAGCCAAUCGCUGGCGGAGAAUCAAAAGAGAAACAUACAUGGGAAAAGAGGAAUACAUUGCUUCAGAGGUUGCUUUGAUCCCACGAACGAAUGAUGACGCCAUCGAAAUACCGGCCGGAACACAUGAGUACAAAUUUACCUGCCAGAUACCGUCCAAUGCGGCCACAUCCUUCGAGGGGGAACAUGGCAGGGUUCGAUAUACGGUCCGGGCCGUCCUCUACCGGCCAUGGAAAUUUGACCAAACCUGUACUAUUGCCUUCACAGUAUUACAACCGUUGGAUCUCAACCAUGAACCGGAAAAGGUAGGCCAGCCCAUGAAGCUGGAACGAUCGAAAAACUUCUGGUUUUGGCCGUGCAUUUCCGGACCGAUGCACUUUUCCAUAGAACUACCCGUAAGUGGGUACGUUUCCGGACAGAAGAUUCCCAUCACUGUUAAUCUGAACAAUGCCAGUAACAUUCCGAUACAAGCCAUUAGGAGUAAACUGGUGCGAAAAGUUUGCUUUAUUAGUCAAACGCCGACUCGAAAGGCCAGGAGUGAGGCUAAGACAGUGGCCAAAAUGCUCACAACGGUUACGAGUGAUAAAUCCAACCAGUAUACCCAAGACUUGGUAAUUCCGGCCACCGCUCCGACCGGCAAAUGCCCCAUCAUUACCGUAGAGUACGAACUAAAAGUUAAGGUCAAACUGGGCGGUUUUCGAUCGGAUCAGGAAAUGACCAUUCCAAUUACCAUUGGUACAGUUCCUUUCGGAAUGUCGCCAAAAUUGGAAUCGCCCCUUAACAAUAGUGGUGCUGCUGGCUUCGGGUGGAGUGGCGGCAUGCCAAUGCCGUCAGGCGUGGCAACUCCACUUCUGUCCAUGCCGGAGCUACCAAACGCGCGAAGCUCCCCGUUGCCGUACCCUCCUGCUACGGCGGCGCCUCCUGCGAUCGGAUUUUUACCUCCCAGUUACCAGGAGGCCAUGAACCAGUCGGCGGUCAACGUGAAUGACGGGGAACCGAAUGCGAUCGGAUUCCAGGCGUACAUUCCUCGCUACCCGGUGUACAACUUUGGCUCUCCACUUAGGAUGUAGAUUUUUGGUGCAAAAUAUACUCGAUUAGGCUGGUUCAGCUGCCCUUAUCACCCAAAAGUAUGGAUAAUCGAAGUCAUUUACAGCUUCGAAUACUAAAAUGUGACAUUAGAGCUAGACAUACAACGACCGCAUUUAUACCUUUUAUAUUACCUUGUAAGCUUAUUACACACAAAAAAUAGGAACAAUAAAACAUAUACUCAUCAGUUAGUAUUCAUACCAACUUA